AUGGAGAUGAUGAUGGAGCAUAUCGAUUGGGAAACACCACGGGACGAGUUGCUGGACCAGCUCUCCAACCUCCUCACCGAAUUACAAAACCAUGAAGAGGGGUUAUUAGGGACUUUUGAUUUAUUAGAUAAUCUUGAUGGAACACGACGAGCCAUCGACCGUCUAUCAGCCGUCAUAACAGACAAAUUCACAAACCCUUCAUCGAUAGAAUACUUCUCACCAGCUGUAACACGUCCCCUUUCGACAUCGACAGAUGUCUCCAACUCCUCAUCCGAGCAGUCAUAUGAAUCCCACGAAUCCCAUCUGACACAACUCUCCUCACCGACAACCCUCAUCUCCGACUAUGACGACGACAUCAACCAUCGUCGGCGACUUCUCGACGAAGAUGAAGAACUUUUGUUGGCUAGAGCGGCUGCCGGCAUAGCCGGUUUAGAUGAGGACGAAGAUGAAGAUGAUCAAGACCAAGACGAACGUCUUGAGCGUCUCUCCUUCCUCCUCUCCAGCGUCUUAAAAGAAGCGAACGACGCAAUAAAGGACUAUGAAGUCAUUAGCGAAGAUCCAGAGGAAGAAGCGCAAGCGGAAAUCGUAGCCGAAGAAGCGGAGGUUAGCGAAAUACGUUCCGAACGUGGAGAAGUCACCACGCGUUGUUCGUCCAGAUUAUCGACUUCGACUUCUACGCUCAUGAUUGAAGAACUCCAACCUGGUCUGAGAUCUGCGGCACCCAGUCGGAAGGUGUCGAUGUAUGAGAUGCCGAGUUUGGUGAGCCAGGAGACUACCAGGCCUAUGUUACAGGAUCCACCUACCGCACCACCUACACCUCCACCGGUAGAAGAAGAAGGAGAAGGAUAUAGAGGGGAAUUAUUACCAUCGCCGGACCAUCUUUCCGUAUCAUCUCUUACAUCAUCAGCGGAAACAAUUAUUCCAAUUUGUCAUACUCCAAAACCCGAGGUAAUCAUCACAACAACAGAUUUCGACGAUGAAUCUCAAGAGCCAGUUGAUGGGGAAGUUAAGAGAGAUGUCAUCGCCGAGAUAUUUGGGGAUGAUCAGCAGGAACUCAGUCUUGACUAUCUCCUCGGGGAUUACCUUAACGAGGUGAUCAUGGAUGUUAGGAGGAAUGAGUUCGUCGGGGCACGGUUCUGGAUCUUCUUGAUUUCCGUUAUGGGAAUGUGGACUUGGAUGUUUAUCACGGAUAUGGUCAAUAACUUCAUUGGCAAUCUCGCUUGUGCUUGUCGGUCAGGUUAG